AUGAAGCACUGGUCGUUCACUGUCGUCAACGAUGGGAAUGACAAGCCACUAAUUCAGGUGGAGUACAAGGGAGAGACUAAGAAGUUCACACAAGAGGAGAUCAGUUCGAUGGUGCUGACGAAGAUGAAGGAGACGGCAGAAGCGUUUGUUGGUGGGAAAGUCAACAACGCAGUCAUCACAUGUCCAGCCUAUUUCAACGUUUCACAGCGACAGGCAACAAAGGAUGCAGGCACAAUUGCAGGCAUCAAUGUGCUCAGAAUCAUCAAUGAGCCAACAGCAGCCACAAUAGCAUAUGGACUUGACAAGAAGACGGAGAGAGAAAAGAACGUCUUGAUCUUUGAUCUUGGUGGUGGAACAUUUGAUGUCUCACUUCUUGCUAUUGAUGAUGGAGUCUUUGAAGUGAAGGCAACAAACGGCAACACACCUUAA